CAGAUUCCUAAAAGUGCAGGUGGGCCAGCCAUGAGAGGGUACCUCGUGGCCAUUUUCCUGAGUGCGGUCUUCCUCUAUUAUGUGCUGCAUUGUAUAUUGUGGGGGGCAAAUAUCUAUUGGGUACCACCUGUGGAAAUGAAGCAGAGAAACAAGAUCCAGCCUUGUUUAUCGAAGCCAGCUUUUGCCUCUCUCCUGAGGUUUCAUCAGUUUCAUCCUUUUCUGUGUGCAGCUGAUUUUAAAAAGAUUGCUUCUUUCUAUAGUAAUGAUAAGUUUGAUUUACCCUACGGGAUACGAACCUCAGCGGAGUAUUUUCGACUUGCUCUUUCAAAGCUGCAGAGUUGUGAUCUCUUUGAUGAGUAUGACAACAUACCAUGUAAAAAGUGUGUGGUGGUUGGUAAUGGAGGAGUUUUGAAGAAUAAGACAUUAGGAGAAAAAAUCGACUCCUAUGAUGUAAUAAUAAGAAUGAAUAAUGGUCCUGUUUUAGGACAUGAAGAAGAAGUUGGGAAAAGGACAACCUUCCGACUGUUUUAUCCAGAAUCUGUUUUUUCAGAUCUCAGUCACAAUGAUCCCAACACUACAGCAAUUCUCAUUGCUUUUAAGCCGCUUGAUUUAAAGUGGCUGCUGGAAUUGUUGACGGGUGGCAAAAUAAACACUAAUGGUUUUUGGAAGAAACCAGCCUUAAACUUGAUCUAUAAACCAUAUCAAAUUAGAAUAUUAGAUCCUUUCAUCAUCAGAAUGGCAGCUUAUGAACUGCUUCAUUUUCCAAAAGUGUUUCCAAAAAAUCAGAAACCCAAACACCCAACAACAGGAAUUAUUGCCAUUACACUGGCAUUUCACAUAUGUCAUGAAGUUCACCUAGCUGGCUUCAAAUACAACUUUUCUGACCUCAAGAGUCCUUUGCACUACUAUGGGAAUGCCACCAUGUCUUUGAUGAAUAAGAAUGCGUAUCAUAAUGUGACUGCAGAGCAGCUCUUUUUGAAGAACCUUAUAGAAAAAAACUUUGUAAUCGACUUGACUCAAGAUUGACUAUGCAGACUGAGAAGAUUAUGCUAAACAGUAUUAGUUUUAUUUUUGUACUGCAAUGUUUAGUUUAUUUUUAAAUAUGUUGAACUUGUCAAAUAAUUAUGUAUAUUAAGUCUUUUGCUGUCUGGUGAUUUGUAAUCACCAGUUUAAUCUCUGUGAAUGUAUUUAUGAAAACCAAGAAAUGUUUAGUUAUCAGGGAAACAAGUAAAAUUUUGAUUGUAUUGUGUUUUUAAAAUAAGCUAGUUUUUUGAGGUAUUUUGAACAUCUUUUUAUAAUACUUCAUCUUAAGACUUUUGAAAGGAGGUGAUUCCCAAUAAGGUGAUCUAGUUUACCAUAACAGUUUUGUCCAUAAAAUGUCACUUUGAAAGGUAUAUUUAGCUUCUGUUAUACUUGACAGGUGGGAAACUGGUGUGUGUUGUCUUGAUGUAGCAAACUGGAACCACUUGGUUGUGGAAAUCUAAGUAUAUACUGGUUUAAUUAAGUUUUUUCCUUUUGCAAUUAAGUAAACCAUGAUUGUGAUAAGUAAUAAUUUGGUAGAAAGAAGAUGGCAGGUUUUGAAAUUCUGGAUGAGUAAAAAAAGUUAUUCACUUACUAAUGGCUUUGCAUUACUUCAAAAAAUAAAAGUUUACUUUAUACAAAGAAGCUAAGCAAGGCAAGCUUAAGGAGAAAAUUCUUAGACAUCCUGAUAAUGAUGACUGCUGCUGUUCUUGAGAUAGGGUCUUGUUUUGUAGUCCAGGAUGGCCUCAGAUUUGUGAACUUCUUGCCUCAGUCUCCCAAGAGCUGGGUUUAUAUACCACUAUGCCUGGUUAAACAUUUUUG